AUGGCACCGGCUAACUUCAAUGCUCUUGCAAGCCUAAAACUUCUCGAGUUUUUCCUGCCAUUCUUAUUUGGUGAUUCUACAGUUGAUCCCGGUAAUAACAACUACAUUCCCACCCUGUUCAAAGCUAAUUACAAUCCAUAUGGCAGAGAUUUCCCCGGCCAUAUAGCCACAGGAAGGUUCUCCAAUGGGAAACUCAUUCCUGACAUUCUGGCAUCAAUAUUUGGGAUAAAGGAACUUGUUCCUGGAUUUCUGGACCCCAUGCUAUCUGAUGGUGACCUGAGAACCGGAGUCAGUUUUGGGUCAGCAGGGUCAGGUUAUGAUGAUCUUACAGCUAGUAGAUCAAGAGUCAUUCCAAUGCUAAAGCAGAUCGAUCUUUUCAAGAAUUACAUUCAAAGACUUGAAAGAAUUGUGGGAGAAGAGAAGGCUAAAAGGAUUCUCAAUGGUGCUUUGGUUAUUGUAAGAGCAGGAUCUAAUGACUUCAUUCUUAAUUUCUAUGACAUUCCCAGCAGGUCAUUGGAGUUCAAUAUCAGUGGUUACCAAGCCUUUGUGCAGAACAGACUACAAAGUCUUAUCAAGGGAUUAUAUCAGCUUGGAUGUCGCACCAUCUUUGUAGUAGGGCUUCCUCCAAUUGGUUGCCUACCUAUUCAAGAAACUGUAGCAUUCCAGGAUCCUAAAAAUCGAAAAUGCCUGGAAAAUCAAAACUCAGAUUCCCAAAUUUACAAUCACAAGCUCACUACGUUACUGCACGGUUUACAAUCACUACUGCCUGGAAGCAAAAUCCACCACGUUGACAUUUACAAUCCACUAAUCGACAUGAUCAAUCAUCCAAAAAGAUAUGGUUUCGUCCAAACGACAAAAGGGUGCUGGGGGACCGGUUUGGCGGAAACAGGACUCCUGUGUAAUCCAGAGACAACAACGUGCGAGGAUCCUAAGAAAUACUUGUUUUGGGAUAGUGUUCAUCCUACAGAAUCAGCCUACUAUCUCAUUGCCGACUCCAUUCUCAAGCAACUCGGCUUGAAUCGGAUUCGGAAUUGAUCUUCAUCCUAAGCCGUUUAUGUAACAUUGAAAUCGAAACAUGUUGUUUGAUAUUUGCUAUGCCUUAUGGAAAUAAUAUUGUUCCGAUUCAUAAGCA